CUCUGCAGCUGUCCGGAUCCGCUCCGGGUUUUUCCUCUUGCCGGGUGUUCGGGCGUCCAAUGAGCGGGCGCAGGAAGCUGGUGUGUCAUUAGUGGGGCACACACACUCUCAGACACACACACACAGACGGUCGGACACAAGUAGUCGGAGGUUUGGGAUGGAGGAGCUGCAGUGACCCGCCGGUGCCCACCGAUCUUCAGAGCCCGCGGGCCACCAUGUUCCAGCCGGCUCCCAAGCGGUGCUUCACUAUUGAAUCUUUGGUGGCCAAAGACAGCCCGGUGCCCAUCAGCCGAGUGGAGGAGCCCAUCCGACCCGCCGCCCUCAGCUAUGCCAAUUCCAGCCCGAUGAACCCCUUUCUGAACGGCUUCCACCCGCCCAGCAGCCGAGGAGUCUACCCGAACCCCGAUCUCAUCUUCAGCGACCCCCAGAACCCCGUCCACCCGGUGCCCACCGGCCUGGCACCUCACCCGCUGCAAAACAGCCCGCACCCCAUCUUCACCUCCCAGCAGAGGGACCCCUCAUCCUUCUACCCCUGGCUUAUCCAUCGAUACCGCUACUUGGGCCACCGCUUCCAGGGAAAUGACACCAGUGCGGAGAGCUUCUUGCUGCACAAUGCUCUGGCCCGGAAACCCAAACGGAUCCGAACCGCCUUCUCCCCGUCCCAGCUCCUCCGGUUGGAGCACGCCUUUGAGAAGAACCAUUAUGUGGUGGGAGCGGAGAGGAAGCAGCUGGCCCACAGCCUCAGCCUGACCGAGACCCAGGUGAAGGUCUGGUUCCAGAACCGACGGACGAAGUUCAAGCGACAGAAAUUGGAGGAGGAAGGGUCGGACUCGUCCCAGAAGAAGAAGGGGGCCCAUCACAUCAAUCGCUGGAGGCUCGCCACCAAACAGGCCAGUCCGGAGGAGAUCGACGUCACAUCGGACGAUUAAUCGCCAAUCAGCACUUUGUUGGACUUUUCUUUUUCGUUUUGUACACCACAGCGGCGGGCCCCGGAUUACCUGCCCCGG